AUGUCUUUAUCAUCAAAAUAUAUAAAUUUUAUUUUAAAUUUAUUAAAUGAAGAUGUAUGUGGUUCAGCUUUUACAUUUGAACAAAUUUCAAUUGGAUUUCAAGCUGAAAUAUUAAAAACAGAUUAUCUUCAUGUUGCUAAUGCUCUUAUAUUAUUAUUACAAAAUCGUGAUUUAACACCAAUAAUACAACAACGUUUAAUUAUAUAUUAUCUUUUUAUUGAAAUGUAUAAAACGGAACAACAAUCAAUAUAUACAAAUACAUUUGCACCUAUUUUUUUAUCUGUAUUACAAUCAAAUAAUGAAAAUUUAGCAAAAACACAAAAACAUUUCCAUUGGAUUAUUUCACCUGUAACUAAAUAUGAACGAUUAUUUGUUAGUUUAUUAUUAAAUAAUCAAAGAGAUUUAAUAAACAAAAAAACACCAAGCCAAUUUUUACAAACUGAUUUAUCAUUUCAUGAUGAUAAAAUACAUAAAGAAUUACAACAACAAUUAAAAGAAAAAAUUUAUGAAAGAAAACAACAAUUACCAGCUCUUGUUCAAUGUCAUUUACCAGCAGUAAUUGAUGAUCCGGAAAUUAAUAUUUAUGGAUUUGAUACACUUCUUGGUGGUCCAAAUUAUCGAUCUAAUAGUAGUGAACAAACAAUAGAACAACUUCUAUUAAAUAAUGUAAUGAAACAAACAAUUCAUCCUGAAUAUCUUCGUCUUGUUCCACCUUUACAUGAAUGUACAAUUGAUGAACUUGUUUGGCUUCCACCAUUAUUACAUUUUGAUGAUAAUAAUACAUCAUUAUAUGCAUGGGAUGAUUUAAUGUGUACAUCAAAUACAAUUAGUUUUGAAAUUCGUCAAUUAAUCGAUAAAGCUUAUCAAGGUGCAAUAAAUUUACAACAACAACAAAAAAUUUUAGAUGAACUUAAUAAUAAUAGUGAACUUAUUCAUCAUAUUGGUCUUACUCCAGCUAAAUUACCAUUAUUAGUUGAAAAUAAUCCAUUAAUAAGUAUAAAUUGUUUAUUAAAAUUAAUUUCAUCCGAUCAAAUGACAGAAUAUUUACAAGUAUUAGUUCAUAUGAAUAUGAGUUUACAUUCAAUGGAAGUUGUCAAUCGUUUAUCAACAUCUAUACCAUUACCGAGAGAAUUUCUUCAUUUAUAUAUAUCAACAUGUAUAAAAACAUGUGAUCAAACAAAAGAUAAAUAUUUACAAAGUCGUUUUGUACGUCUUGUUAGUGUUUUUAUUCAAUCAUUAAUACGUAAUAAAGCUAUCGAUAUAAAAGAUCUUUUUGUGGAAGUACAAAAUUUUUGUAUUACUUUUCGAUCAAUUAAAGAAGCAUCUGCACUUUUUGGACUUCUUAAAACAUUUGAAUCACGUAAUGAUGAAACAAAUGAUACUACAACAGUAUUAACAGUUAAUGAAGAAUGA